AUGUUCCAUGACUGGGUGCAAUUGCAUAUUUUCUAUGAUGGACUCUCUUAUGAAUCAAGGAAGGCUGUAGACCAUUCAUCAAGAGGUUCAUUGAACAGGAAAAAGACUGUGGAAGAGGCCAUUGAGGUGAUUGAGACAGUGGCUGAGAAUGAGUACUACUAUGCAUCAGAGAGACACAACACUAAGGGAGUCGUGGAGCUGAACCAUGUUGAUACAAUCCUAGCCCAAAACAAGGUGUUUGCCAAGCAACUAGCAGAGCUCACUAGGAAAUUAGAAACAAAGCAAGUGGCUGCGAUACACACACAAGAUCAAGAGGAAGAAAGCACUGAAGGAGGUGAUUGGGAAGAGGCCAACUAUGUGGGAAACCAACAAAGGCAAUCAUAUGAUCCACAUUCCAACACUUACAAUCCAGGAUGGAAAAACCACCCAAACUUUGGGUGGGGGAACCAACAAACCCAACCACAAAACCACAAACCUUACAACCACAACCAACAUAACAAUUCCACAUACCAAAACUCCAACCAAAGAUCAUACCAAGCCACACAAAACACUUACUCCCAACCAUCAUAUCAUGGCCAAAAUAAUCAACCUACCCAACCUAAUCCGAACCAACAAUUUCAAGAUCAAUUAAACAGGAUAGAAGGAGUGCUUGCAAACAUGGGUCAGGACAUAAGAGAGUUGAAAAACUUUAGGGAUGAUGUGAGAUCUACCUUAAGGAACCAUGGUGAAAAACUCAAGAGGAUGGAGUCUCAAGUAGGAGAGCUAUCUCAACAGGCCCCCAAGUCAACUGCAGUGUUCCCUAGUGACACAGAAAAGAAUCCUAAAGGGGAACAAAAGAGAGUGAGGUGGGAAGAAUGCAAGGCCAUCACCACAUUGAAGGAAGUCUCAGAAGAAGAAGGAAUCAGACCCUCAGAACAGGAGCCAGAAAUCUUGAAGGAAAGUGUGGAAGAAGCUAAGCAGGAAAGUGAAACUGAGCAAGCCAAGGAACUGCAAAAAGGCAUGCUGGAAACAUACCAACCAAAAGCACCAUUUCCUCAGAGGUUAGGAGGAGGUGAAAAAGGGAAAACCUAUUCAAGGUUUUUAGAGACAUUUAACUCUCUCCAUGUCAAUAUUCCCUUUCUUGAGAUUCUCCAGCAAGCAAGAAGUUCCUCUGGAUUUAGAAAUUCAUGA